AUGGCAGCCGCAGACAUUUCCAUUAAUCCGGUCGAUAUUUUGGAUGAGCAAUUUGCACAGUACCUACAACUAGCCAAGCAAUUACUACCGAAACUUAGAACUCCCAAAGAUCGUCAAAUAUGUUCCAAGUACAUUUCAAGAUGUUGCCAGCUCGGAAACGCCACCCACUCGGCGAAAAGUUACCGGAAUGAGUUCUUCCGGUAUUUUCUCAAAGUGCUGGAUGCCACUAUUCGGAACCAGCUGCACUAUGUUCAGAUGGAUGACCAGCCAGUUCGGCCGACAGACGAACCGAAGGAUGCAUUUCGUUGGUCCAACGAUCGAAAAACGUAUGUGGCUACGAAAAUCAUCCCCAAUUAUGCCAUACUUGUGUACAUGGCCGUUUGUGACGAUCCCGAGCAAGGAUGGGAUAACGGCGGCUUUGGGACUUACGAGUUUUAG